AAGCAGGAAAGGAGAUGGAUUUAGCUCAGCAGCUACCAUCAAUUAAGUGGGAGGGACAGCACUGUAUGCUUAUCCUGUAUGUAGGAGCUGCUGAUGUUUGCUCACAUAGUUUGCAGGCAGUGCUUACAAAGAAGAAAGGAUUUGAGGCAGUGGAUGGAAAUGAAGUGUGGCGCACUCCAGCUCUACAUGCAUGCGUUCUCUGCUUGAAUUCUGCCACACUGGGGGCCUGUUUAUGGUGCCCACAACUGAGGGAAAGGGAGCACCCUCAGGUGAGCAGUGUCUGCAUCACUCUGGAAAAGGUUGCCUGAGGCUAAAAGCAAGGGAUAUUUUCUAAGCUAAAACUCUGUAUCUGAGUUGAAUGAAUGGAAUGGAGGCUGUGAUGGCAGCAUUCAGCUCUGUGCUAAGGCUGGGCCCUGCCUCCUUUACCUGGUCCCCUUUUAUUCCUUUGGCAACACCUGCAAACAGAAGUGUUGCUGUGAGCUGGAAGGAGCAAGCAAGAAGUCCCAACCGUCCUGUGGCUCUCUUGUAGGAUCCUUGAGCACAUCCUGCUCUCGAAAGUAAAAAUCGGGCUGAGGUGGGGGUGACAGCACUGCUGCUUCAGCCUGCCUGCCUUGUGCACCAAACCCCGAAGGCGGAGCUGUAUUCAAUUCGAGCUUCCUAAGCGCAGCAAAGCAGCGGUGGCAGAGGGGAGGAAAAACUCUGGUUACAUGCAGUGAUCCUGGGGGAGUCUGUGAGCGGUGGUAACGAGAGAGAGAGUAGGGCUGGGCUCCUUGCAGGCAAAGCUAAAACGUUGCCCCGCAGCCGGCUUCCCAUCGUGCCGCCUUCAGCCGCCCAGAAUCCCAGCCCCGUAAGGUGAAGAGGAGGUGACGGCUGAGCCGCUGCCCCAUCCCCAGGGGACUCGCCUCUUUCUCCUCCCCCCCUUCCUCGCCGCUUCCAGCCAGCGCUGCUGGGAAAGGGACACAACGCGCCCCAUUCAGCGCUUGCAAAUACCGGCGCAGGCACGGAGAAGCGGGGGGGUGUUGCAGGAGCCGGGCAGCCGCGGGACGCAACAGCUUCCCCCUCGUUCCUUGCCGUCUCUCGAGGACCUGGGACCCGCUGCGUGAAGCCCAAAAGGUGUGUGGAAAAGAGGGGGAGGGCAGCGCUGGUGUGCAGCACCAGUCCUGGGGCCGCUGCGUGAGCUGCGUCGCCGGGGGGAUGUGACCGCAGUGUGAGGGCGAGGAGGGCAGAGCCGGGAUCGGGGUGAGAGGCUGGGCAGCACAGUGGCUCCCACGUGUUUGAGCCCUGUCGGCCCCAUUGCACAACGGUGGUGGGAGCCCUCCGUGCUCCCCCCUAGUCCCGGCCCCUCUCCAGUACCCCCCGAUGAGGUUCGCUGACGCCUGGCCAAAACCAACCCGCUCCUUGCUGCCGCUGAACAGAGCUGAGCGUUAUUCCACAGCGCGGCUGGAGGAGCUCUGGGCACAGCGUGGCGGCUCAGAACGGCUGCUCAAAGCCAGUGCCUCGUGUGUGCCGGAACAAGCGGCUGUCCCAUCAGUUCCCACCGAAGCUGAUACUGUUUGGGGUGAGAAAAGCAUUGCUGCCAUCCCUCACCACUACCUCUGCUCAGCCGCAGGUGCCCCCACCAUGGGGCUGCUCCUGCUGGCAAUGGUGCUGGCUCUGGCACCGGGACGGACGGCUGCAGCCCGCUGCCCUGCAGUCUGCGUCUGUGACAACAUCCGUGCCCACGUCCUGUGCCUCAGGCAGAACCUGACAGCCAUACCUGACACCGUCCCCGAGCUCACCAAGCAGCUGGACCUGCGAGCCAACAGCUUCAAGGUGGUCACAGCCGGAGCCUUCCUCAGCACGCCCUACCUCACGCACUUGGACCUGAGCAACAGCCAGCUGGAGAGGGUGGAGGAAGGGGCCUUCCGGGGGCUGGGGCGGCUGCUUCACCUCAACCUGGCCUCCAACAGCAUCUCUGUCCUCUACCAGGAGGCCCUGGACGGGCUGUCCUCCCUGCAGCAGCUCAUCCUGCGGCAGAACAACCUGGAGGAGAUGCAGCCGGGUGCUUUUAGCAGGCUGGUGUCCCUCACCCUCCUCGAUCUGAGGGAGAACGCCUUGGUCUACCUCCCAGACAUGGUCUUUCAGGGGCUGCAGAGCCUCAGGUGGCUCCGGCUGUCCCACAAUGCCCUCCACGUGCUGGGCAAUGAGGCCUUCACUGCUCUGCCCGCCCUGCGCAGGCUCAGCCUGGACCACAACGAGCUGCAGGCGCUGCCCAGCGAGGCUCUGGCACGGCUGAGCGAGGCCACGCGGCUGGAGCUGGGCCACAACCCCAUCACCUACCUGGCCGAGGAGGCCGUGGCCAUGGCCUCCCUCCAGCACCUCUCCUUGGAGCAUGCGGCCCUGCAGGAUGUGGCACCUGAUGCCUUCUCCCGCAGCCCCCUGCUGAGGACGCUGGAUCUGGCACACAACCAGCUGCAGGGGCUCCCCGCCUUGGUGGGGGUCGGGGGGCUGGCGAGGAUCAGCCUGGAUGGGAACCCCCUGCUCUGCUCCUGCCUCCUGCUCCCCUUCCACCGCUGGAUGGGGCGGGCAAGAGUGCAGGCAGAGGGGAGAUGUGUGGCCCCCCCAGCCCUCCAGGGCCGACCCCUCGACUCCCUGCGGCCCUCUGAGAUGAAGUGUGGGCAGCCCCAGGUGCCCGUCCCCAAUCCCACCGUGCCUUCGGUGCAGACUGGGGGAACAACGAGUGGGCCGUGCCCCACGGGCUGCACCUGCUCCCCUGAAUUCCACCACGCAAACUGUGAGAACAGGGGCCUGCGGAAGGUCCCUCAUGGCUUCCCCACACACACCCAGCUCCUCGACCUACGCCGAAAUGCCCUGGGCGUGGUGCCUGCGGGCGCCUUCCUGGGCCUGAAGGCACUGGUGUCCCUCCACCUGCAGAGCUGUGGCAUCACAGAGCUGCAGCCUGGGGCGCUGCGGGAUCUGCCCAGCUUGGUCUACCUCUACCUCUCUGACAACCAGCUCAGCACUUUGGUGCCCACUGCCUUUGAGGGGGUCCCACAGCUCGCCUACCUGCACCUGGAUCACAAUGCCUUCACGCAGGUGCCCUCAGGUGCCUUCCAGCUCCUGCCCAACCUCUUCUCCCUUCACCUUCAGCACAAUGCCAUUGGGGAGCUGGUCAAAGGUGACCUGGCGGGGUUGGCGGGGCUGCGCUGGCUGAGCCUGGCUGGGAACGUCAUCAGGAGAAUUGGCCCCGCUGCCCUGGUUGCCACCAAGAUGCUGGAGAAGCUGCACCUGGAGAGGAACUCUCUGGAGGAGGUGCCCACAGCCUCCCUGCAGCACCUGCCUGCCCUGAGCGAACUGAAGCUGUCCCAAAACCCCAUCAAGCACAUCAGGGAUGGCGCCUUCCUGCCAGUAGCUGGGAGCCUGCAGCACCUCUAUCUGGACAACAUGGGGCUGGAGAAGAUUUCCCCCAGUGCCUUUGCUGGACUUGGACCCAAGAUCAAAACCCUACAUUUGGAGAGUAACAAAAUGAGUAACAUUCCUGACAUGAGCAACUUCACAGGGCUAGAAAUCCUCAAUCUGAGGGACGUGCCUUUCCACUGCAACUGCCGGCUGCUACCACUGUACAGGUGGAUUGAGAAACUCAACUUGCGUAUCGGGGCCACCUGUGCAUCCCCUGCAGAAGCCCAGGGGCAGAAGGUGAAGUUUUCCACCACUUUCCAAAACUGUCCUGGCUGGAGAGCCAGAGGAGCCAGUGCUGACAAGGCUAAGGCUGCAAGAAAGGCCAGCAAGAAGAAGAGAUCAGAAAAACCACCAUCCAGAGGCUCCAGGAAAAACAAAGCUUAGGAAACGCAUGCAAAGUGCUACAGAGCUGUACCUACAACAUGGUGAGAGCAGUUUUCUGGCUUGUCCUCGCUGCAGCAACACAGAGCUUGUACAGGGUAUGAAGGAGAGAGCUUGGCCACAGUGGAGUGAUGCUGACCUGUCCUGGCCAAGGAUGGCAGAUGCAAGGUUUGUCUUUGCAGACCACAGAGGCACAUUAUCCUGUAAAGGACUUGUGUGAAAAGCUUCCAUAGUGUUUGCAAUGUGCUUUAUCUGAUGACUCCAACAGCAAAGCCAUAUGCUUGCUUUACCUUCACAAGCCUUCAAGAGCCAAGCGGAAAAGCUGGAAUUCACAAGUGUUCUUUCUACUACUACUGCUUUCAAAGGUUCAGAAAUGCUGAAACAGAC